AUGGCGGGAAAGAAGGACAAGCCCCCCAGACCCGAGCCCAAGGCAGAAACAAGAACGUCUUUCAUGUUUCCACGGCUCCAUAAGGACGUUGCCAAAGAAGUCUCCAAUAACUUGAAAUCCACAUGGUUCAAUAGAAACGACAGCGACAGCGAUGUCAUCAACGAAUGGCAAACCAACGUCAUGGGCAGGUUCCGGUGCACGAACGAAGCCUGUGAUAGCAAGGGCUGGAGCAGCAAGAAGGUUGCCAUCUUAAUAAGAGGCUAUGCGACGAAUGGAUACAAUGCGGCCGUGUUCAACCAGCGUUGCAGAGAAUGUGAUCAACUCGGUACUUUCACUUUGGAUAAGCAAUCAUAUAUCGAUCGAGUCGCAUAUCGAAUCCAGAAGUGGGCUGGCGUGGAAUUGGAGCGACAACAGUACACCCCGAAGAGGGGCCUGCCGCAUGAGACAGAGUUCUGCGAAGGUUGCAAGAAGGGUGUUUGUCGACAGGCGGGCAUCUAA